UUUAUCAACAGCAAUUAGAAGAAAUGUUUAAUAAAUACAAUAUCAAAACUCACCCAAAUAUGAUUAAUGAAGUGCAAGAAGCAAGGCUCCUACUUUCAAAUCCAAGUAAACUAAAAGUAAGUUUUGAUAAUAAAGAUUUGAAAAUAAUCCAGAAAAAGCAGACUAACAUAAUUGAAAAUAUUCAAGAAAAGCUUAGUGAUGCGACUGCUUAA